UGGUUUGCAAGUUAUGUCACUGCAAUAGUUUUCAUUGUUUUAUUAAACGCCUUUACACUCGCCACCAUUGCAAGUAACCACCAAUUACGCAAACACAGUACGUACCUGGUAAUAAAUUUGACUGUGGCUGAUUUAUUAUUUGGAACAGCUGAAGGCCUGUUAUCCAUAUUGGAACCAGCUAUCCUUGAGAGGUACCUGCCAUGUUCUACAAAAGAGUGGUUCAGCUGGCAAGAACUUAUGUUACCGACUUUGUAUUUCCUAUUUCCGGUAGCCUCCUUAGUCUAUAUUUAGUUGAUUUCUCUAGAAAGGUUACACGCUACAGUAUAUCCUUUCAAGCACUGCCUUAUUGGAGGAAAGGUUUACUUUAGGAUUAUUGCCUUUAGUUGGUUGCUGGCAUUGGUCCUAGCAUUUGUGUUUGCUUUUCUCUUUUUGCGUUUUUCGUUUCUAUUCCCAUACGUAUAUGCAUCUUUCGCUUUCAUCACCCUUCUAAUUCUCGCAGUCUCUUAUCUUAGGAUUAUUCUAAACGUCAAGAAAUAUCCUCACUCGGCACAGAAUUUUAGCUCGUUACUUUCGGAGGAGAGAAAACUAUCGCUAACUUUAUUUAUAAUGACUGUGGCCUCGUUUCUGACCAUUCUUCCUGCCGUUUUUUGGGAUGCCACAAUUAACCACUUGUCGGUAGAUCAAGUUUCACCAACGAUAGAUGAUCGUAUCUCUUAUACUUUUGACGCAUUAUAUUUAUUUAGUCCUAUCUUGAACCCCCUUAUUUAUGCUAUAAGAAUACAGGAGUUCAGGAAAGCAGCUAAGAAAAUUAUCUGCAAGAAAAAAUCAGAAUCA